AUGGGGUCACAGGUCCUGCAGAUUCUACGCCAAGGCGUCUGGGCCUCACUGACUGGUGGCUGGUUCUUUGACCCUCACCAGAGCACCUUCUCCAACUGCUUCCACCUCUACACCUGGAUUUUCCUGCUCACCUUCCCCUUCCUGCUGUACAUGGUGAUGCCUCCCAGCGUUGUGGUGGCGGGCGUGUACUGUGCUGUGGUGGCCACGUUCUUCACCACUGUCAAGAUCGUCAACUAUCGCCUGCACACCAUGUUUGACCAGGGUGAGAUUGUGGAGAAGAAGAACUCAGUGCUAGCAGAGGAGGCAAAGGCUGAUGAAGGAGCUGCUGCUGAUGAGGGGAACUUGGUCAGAGAUCCUGGCGGAGUGGAGAUGACUGUGUUCCGGAAAGUCAGUUCCACGCCUCCAGUGAGGUGCAGUUCCCAGCAUUCUGUGUUUGGCUUCAACCAGGUCAUGGAUCUGCUGCCUCACUUGGAGGAUGGGGGCCCUGUAAGAGACAUCAAGGAACUCGUGCGUGAGCAGGGCAGCAACAAUGUCAUUGUCACAGCCGCAGAUCGGGACAUGCUCCAGCGCCAUUCCCCGGAGAACUGCACUGCUGAGGUUCCUAGGGUGCCCUCUGACCUAGAAGGUGCAAACAGCCUGUUGCUUGUGUCCAAGACGGAGCCAUCGUCCAGCGGGAGGAAGCUGCCCCCGUCCCUCCCAGUCCAGACAUCCAUUCAGAGCACGGACUCCUCCGAGCAGUCCCCCCCAGCCGGGGCGGGCUCGGGACUGCCACGUUGGACCGCCAGCGAGUCAGAGAGCGUGGGGGACACACCCCUCAGCCCCCUCAUCAAGAGCAGCUUGAGCGAGGAACUCAGCCAGAGCUUUCUGAGCCUGGCUCUUCCCGAGGCCAGCAGCCACAGCCGCCGCGACAAGCGCCGCUCAGGCACUGACUACCAGCCCUUGGAGCCCCGACCGGAGCGGCCCCUCAAGGCUGGCUCUUCGGACAGCUGUUUCAGCGGCACGGACAAAGAGACGCCCAGCACCCUGAGCAGUUACCGCAGCGAGAAGACCAAUUCCACCCAUCUGGACAGCCCCUCCCUCGGGCUGGCCCCCGGAGAGGGAGCCCUGGGGGAGGAGGCAGUGGCCAGCAUAUCCCCACCCCCGGAUGGCGGCAGUGACACCGAUGCCCUGUCGGACAGCGAGCUGCUGCGUUCCCCCGAGCUGGGCCUUCUCGGGGAGCUGAGCUUCGACACACAAAACACACUAAACUCCCUGGAAACGGUCAAGGGGGACACCGAGCUGUGGGGUGGCCCCGAUCCGGAGCAGGUGGUGCGGCCAAAGGAGCUGGGCCUCAAGGGUCGCAGGCGUCUCUCGCGCAAGCACGGCAGCUCCUACAUGCCCAUGCGCACGCUCCUGGACAGCAAAGCUUACACCGAGGGCUUUUUUGCCGAUGAGGACUCCAGCGACUGCAGUGACUUGAGCCGUGCCUCCAGUUUGCAUUCCCAGCACAACUACAGCACCGAUAGUUCUUCCAGCACCUCCUGCUACUCUCCCGAGCGUCACGCCCCCGCUCAGCAUGGGAAGCACCACCCUGCUGAAGCCAAACCCCCUCCGCCUCCAGCCCCUGAAGGCGCUACCCUCUCGACCAAGCACUCCCAUUAUGCCCAGCGCACUGGCAGUACAGCCAGUGCCAAGACCCACGCCCGCGUGCUCAGCAUGGAUGGGAGCAGUGUGGAGGUGAAGCCCCUGGGCCCCCUGACGGUCUCCAAGUCAGACUUGGAAUCCCACUCCGGGAAGCUGACAGCAGAGCAGGAAUCAGGCAGCGCCGUGCGCAGUCAGUCCGCCAACCAACCUGGCUGGAGGGGGGAGCUGCAAGCCGAAGGGGCCGUUGGAGGAGCUUCCGCCGGUGAGGAAGGGCCCAAGCCAGACCGGUCCAGCAGUGUGAAGCGCAUGCAGGCCAUGAGGCGGCGGCAUAACGCAGGCAGCAACCCCACCCCCCCAUCCUCAGUGAUGGGAUCCCCACCCAGUUUACAGGAUCUGCAGCGGGGCCGGGCCUCGUCGCAUUCCCGUGCUCUCACCCUCCCCUCGGCCCUGCAGUUCGCCAGCUCCCUCCUGCUGCCACGGGGCGCCAUCCACGAAGCCUGCAACUUUGACGAUACCUCUGAGGGUGCCGUGCACUACUUCUAUGAUGAGAGUGGAGUCCGGCGCUCCUACACUUUCGGUGUGGCAGGGGGUGGCUACGAGAACCCAAUUAGCCAGCAGGUUGGAGUGGAUCACACAACCAACAGCGGCUGGGACAGACAUUCACAUUCUUCUAGCUUCAACUCCGCAGAGGUGCCUGAAGGAACUCCCGCCCUCACGCUGCUGCAGCCACGGCCCGUGGUUCUUCAGGGCAUGCAAGUGCGCAGGGUGCCUCUGGAGAUCCCCGAGUUUGACCUUCUGGACCAAGAAUCACUGCACGAGUCCCAGGAGAACACGCUGAUGAUUGAGGACAAGUGCCACCCUCGCCAGUACUACAAGUUCUGGGUGCUGCCUGGGCACUGGAUGCGUGUGCGCUAUGACCGCCUGGCCCUGCUGGCUUUGCUGGAUCGGAACCGGCGGGUGGCAGAAAAUGUGUUUGUGGUGUCACUGGUGAGCUUGGUAGCCUUUCUUGGCUAUCUGCUCCUCCUUCAGGGCUUCUUCCGGGACAUUUGGGUGUUCCAGUUCUGCGUGGUCAUCGCCAGCUGCCAGUACUCCCUGCUGAAGAGUGUGCAACCUGACGCUGCUUCUCCGAUGCACGGGCACAACUGGAUCAUUGCCUACAGCCGGCCCGUUUACUUCUGUGUGGCGUGUCUGUUGAUUUGGCUGCUGGAUCUGUGUGCCCGUGCUGUGCCCUUCCCUCCUGUUGCUUUCUAUGGCCUCGCACUCUUCUCUUCCGACUUCUUCUACUGUGCCCGUGACGUGGUUACCGUUUUCACCCUUUGCUUCCCCGUCAUCUUCCUCUUUGGACUCCUCCCUCAAGUCAACACAUGUUUCAUGUAUCUUCUGGAGCAGGUGGACAUGCACAUCUUCGGCGGAACAGCUGCUACCAGCCCCCUCACUGCCCUCUUCGGCCUCCUUCGCAGCAUCCUUGUGGCUGCCCUUCUGUAUGGUUUCUGCCUUGGAGCCAUCAAGGCGCCAUGGGGUGACCAGCACGUGCCCGUCUUCUUCUCCGUCUUCUGCGGCCUCCUUAUGGCUCUCUCGUAUCACCUGAGCCGCCAGAGCAGCGACCCCACUGUUCUCUGGGCUUUGAUCCGAACGAAGCUGUUCCCCGAGUUCGAAAACCGCAAUGCAGAAAGCCCCCCUGUCGGCGUUAAGGACCCACUGCCUGAGAAACUGCGCAGCUCUCUGAGGGAGAUCCUUCACUCAGACCUGGUUAUGUGUUUGGUCAUCGCUGUCCUGACUUUUGCUAUCAGUGCCAGCACAGUCUUCAUUGCUCUUGAGUCUGUUCUAGGGUAUGUGCUCUACGCCUUGGCGGGCCUGGUGGGCUUCCUCACUCACUACCUUUUGCCCCAGUUACGGAAGCAGCUGCCCUGGUUCUGCCUCUCGCAACCUGUGCUGAAGCCACGGGAGUACAGCCAGUUUGAAGUGCGCAGUGCUGCCCAGCUGAUGUGGUUUGAGAAGCUCUAUGCCUGGCUCCAGUGCGUGGAGAAGUACUUCAUCUACCCAGCUGUGGUGCUCAACGCCCUCACCAUUGACGCCCAUCUGGUCAGCGCCCCGCGGCAGGACAAGUUUUGCAUCUAUUGCCAUGCCCUUCUCAUCACUGUCGCAGGCAUGAAGCUUCUGCGGUGCUCUUUUUGCUGCCCUCCCCAGCAGUACAUCACGCUCGGCUUCACCGUCCUCUUCUUCCAGUUCGACUACAAGCACUACUCGGAGGGCUUCCUCACCGACUACUUCGUCAUGUCCGUUCUCUUCAGCAAGCUGUGGGAUCUCUUGUACAAGCUCCGGUUCGUGCUCACCUACAUCGCCCCCUGGCAGAUCACGUGGGGCUCGGCUUUCCAUGCCUUUGCCCAGCCUUUUGCGGUGCCUCACUCGGCCAUGCUGUUUGUCCAGGCUGUCCUUUCCGCCCUCUUCUCCACUCCCCUCAACCCACUGCUGGGCAGUGCGGUCUUCAUCAUGUCCUACGCCCGCCCAGUCAAGUUUUGGGAGCGUGACUACAACACCAAGAGAGUCGACCAUUCCAACACCAGACUGGCCACACAGCUUGACCGUAACCCAGGUGCUGAUGACAACAACCUGAAUUCCAUUUUCUACGAGCACCUGACCCGCUCGCUGCAGCACGCGCUCUGUGGGGACCUUCUGCUCGGGCGGUGGGGCAACUACGCCACGGGGGACUGUUUCAUCCUGGCCUCGGACUACCUGAAUGCCCUGGUCCACCUCAUUGAGAUCGGCAACGGCCUGGUCACCUUCCAGCUGCGAGGCCUUGAAUUCCGCGGGACCUACUGCCAGCAGCGAGAGGUGGAGGCCAUCACGGAGGGCGUGGAAGAGGACGAGGGCUGCUGCUGCUGCGAGCCGGGCCACCUGCCCCGCAUGCUGAGCUUCAACGCGGCCUUUGGGCAGCGCUGGCUGGCCUGGGAAGUGGCGGCCACCAAGUACGUUCUGGAGGGCUACAGCAUCAGCGACAAUAACGCCGCCUCAAUGCUCCAGGUCUUCGAUCUGCGGAAGAUCCUCAUCACCUACUACGUCAAGAGCAUCAUCUAUUACGUGACUUGUUCUUCAAAGCUGGAGGACUGGUUGGCCAACGAGGGGAUCCAGGAAGCCCUGCGGCCCUGCACCUCCCUCAACUAUGUGGACAGCGACCCCACGUUCAACCUCAACAUAGAUGAGGACUACGACCACCGCAUGGCAGGGAUCACCCUGGCUUCCUUUUGCAACAUCUACCUCGACUGGAUCCAGUACUGUGCUGGCCGCAGGGAGAAGGCAGUGGAGCGGGAUUGGAACUCACCUCUGGUGACCCUGUGUUUUGGGCUUUGCAUCCUGGGUCGCCGGGCCCUGGGCACCGCCUCCCACAGCAUGUCAGCCAGCCUGGAGCCCUUCCUGUAUGGCUUGCACGCGCUCUUCAAGGGAGAUUUCCGAAUCACGUCACCCCGCGAUGAGUGGGUCUUUGCCGACAUGGAUCUGCUGCAUCAUGUGGUGGCGCCCGGGGUGCGCAUGUCCCUCAAACUACACCAGGAUCAUUUUACCUCCCCGGAUGAAUAUGAUGACCCAGCUGUGCUGUACGAUGCCAUAAUGUCCAACGAGGAGAAGAUGGUGAUCUCGCAUGAGGGGGACCCAGCGUGGCGCAGCGCCAUCCUCACCAACACGCCCGCUCUGCUGGCCCUGCGUCACGUGAUGGAUGACGCCAGCGACGAGUACAAGAUUAUCAUGCUCAACAAGCGCUACCUCGGAUUUCGGGUCAUCAAGGUGAACCGGGAGUGCGUGCGGGGCCUGUGGGCCGGACAGCAGCAGGAGCUCGUCUUCCUCCGGAACCGGAACCCGGAGCGCGGCAGCAUCCAGAACGCCAAGCAGGCCCUGCGCAACAUGAUCAACUCCUCCUGCGACCAGCCCAUCGGCUACCCCAUCUACGUCUCGCCCCUCACCACUUCCUACGCCGGCAGCCACCCGCAGCUGCGCUCUCUGUGGGGGGGCCCCAUCAGCUUGCACAACAUCUCUGCUUGGUUCAUACGGAGCUGGGAGAGGUUGCAGAAGGGCUGCGGGGCCGGCUGCAACAGCGGAGGGAACAUUGAGGAUUCAGAUUGCGGCGGCGGCUCUUCCUCACUCAGCAAUAACCCCACAAUCCACGGGUCUCAGGUCCACGGGAGCACUGCCCACAGUGCCGGACCGAUGGCUGCGCACACCGCUGAACCGGCUGUCACCACCGCCCAGCCUCAGGCAGGACUUGAGUCCAGCCUCCCUCCUCAGAGCCAAAGCUGGCUGGUCCAGCCCCAGCCAGCCCCCUUGUUGAGCCAGGGCGAAGGACGGCCCCUGCCUACCCCAGCCGCGUCUUGGCCCCCCGGCCCGCACUUCUUGGGAAGUCAGCUUUCUUGCGCCGGCUCCUUGGCUUCUGUGGCCGAGGGGACUGGACGUGCCCCUCUGCCUCUCCGCCCGGGACUCGGAGCCCCCUCUGCCUUCGCCUACGAGGGCCUCUGUGGCAAAUGGAGCCUGCCCAGCCGCAAGGGACUGAACGGGCUGGCGGGGGGUGAGGUUGACGUACCACCCGGAACACCCCCAGCGUGCGCUAAGGAGAGUUGUUCCUUCUCUUCUUCUGCUGUUGCUGCAGCGGGGACAGCGGGUGCCGGCAGCAGUCCAAAACCUCAGCCCCCGACCCCAGGACCAAUCCCAGAAGGCAGCGGCGACUCCACCCCAUUACCUCUGGAACUGUUGGCUACACCCUGCGGGAGCUGUCCUCGGACAGAGUCUGCCCCUACCAUAGCAGAGUGGGGGCGGCAGCGAGAAGAAGAAGAUAGCCCCGCAGCUGCACAACCGCUUCUGGAACAUCAGUACUAAGGGGUGGGGGGGGGGCUCGAUGUCCUACGGAAACACGGGCUGGUCCCGUCUUGACUUUCUUCCUACUCCCCCUGCCCCCCUUUCCAAAAACCCAUUGUUUCCUCAUUCCUUCAGGACCAUGGACAGCAAUAAGGGGAGUGGGGGCUCUUCCUCCUUAAUCGCUGCAGCCUUCUGUGCCCCCAUUCCCCCCUCCCUCCCCCUUUGCCUGCAGGUGGGGCGGGCUCAGUCUUGUGGGACACUGAAGAGGGGAGGUAACCCCAUGCACUGCCCCCUCUUCCUGCCCCACACGGGACCCACCUUGGACACCAAAUUGCUCUUGGUGACACUCAAGGAAGAUUUUUUUUUCUGCUCAUUGUCGUUCCUUGGGGUUAUUAUAUAUUUUUUUUGUUUUG